AUGACACCCCGGACCGUCUGCUCAGUCGAAAAGCCCAUCCUCAUCAUCGGCGCCGGAAUCAGCGGCUUGCUCCUGGCGCAGCGUCUCCGCCAGGAAGCUAUCCCAUUUCGCGUAUUUGAACGAGACGCCGAUCUCUCGACUCGCGGCGCUGGCUGGGGCCUCACAUUGCACUGGUCACUCCCGGCGCUGCGAUCACUAUUGCCAGAUCACCUAGCUGAACGUCUGCCCGAGGCUUAUGUUGACCGCGCUGCUGUCGCUAGAGGAGCAUCGUCAGGUUUUCCCUUUUUUGAUCUCAGUACCGGUGAACUCAAAGCAAAGACGCCCAAAGCCUCGGAGUCACAGCGCAUUAGGGUAGCUCGCGAGGGCUUGCGAAAACUGCUUGGUACCGAUAUCAACAUCGAGUGGGAGAAGGCUCUCGCUGGGAUAUCAUUCAGCCCUGACUACGCAACAGCAAAAUUUGACGAUGGGUCGUCUAUCAUUGGGAGCCUCAUUGUCGCGUGUGACGGCGCUCAAUCCGCAGUACGACGUAGUCUCUUUCCUGACCAGUGGGAGACUCACAAGUUACCUGUUCGCAUGUUGGGAGUGAAGCUGCAACUAUCCCCGGACCAGAUGAAGUCCAUUCAUGACCUGGAUACAUUUUUCUUGCAGGGCACUGCUUCAAGUAACGAUUCGUUUGUUUAUAUCAGUGUGCUCGAUGCUCCGGAGAAUCAUGCGCAGAGUUCCGAGAAAUACGUAUGCCAGAUGUGUGUAUCUUGGCCAUACCGUGACGGCUUCUUCAACAACGCAUUGCCGACAGAGAUACCCAAUUCGAACGAAGAAAGGCGUCGGUUUAUAAAUGCUCUGGCGGAAACGUGGGCAGAGCCUUUCCGUACUCUGGCCCUCAACAUACCGAUCGACGAAGAUAUCAAACAUCUUACCCCACAAGACUUUGUCCCAGAUCUUGAUUUCCGCAUAAGCGACAGAGCUGUGCUGAUGGGAGAUGCAUUCCACGUCAUGGUAAUGUGCGAGGGUGCCAACCAUGCGAUUGUUGAUGUGCUUGAUUUUGUGGACCGAGCGGUACCUGCAUUGCGGGAUAAUCAGGACAUCACCAUCCUAAGAGUGGCUUUGGAUGAAUAUGAGGAUGCAGUUAUUAAGAGGGCUCGUCCUGGUACAUUGGCCUCGCGGCGAGCAUGUCUGGAUGCCCAUGAAUGGCAUCGGAUCAAUGGCGACAGCCCCUUGUUAACGAAGCGGGAAAUGAUGAGUCAAUACGUAGAUGAUGUCUGA